GCCGAUUAAAGAUGGCGCCGUCUCAUGUACUAAGAUGCUGUCAACGGGUUUUAGCUUGGAUACCUGUUAUUUUUAUCGCCCUGGUCGUAUGCUGGUCCUACUACGCGUAUGUCGUGGAGCUGUGUAUCUUCACAAUCCCAAACACUGGAGAACAAAUCGUCUACCUGAUCAUAUUCCACCUGUCGUUCAUCAUGUUCGUUUGGUCCUAUUGGAAGACUAUCUUCACCAAGCCUGCAAACCCCUCAAAAGAGUUCUGUCUUCCCAAAGCAGAUAAGGAGCAGUAUGAGAAAGAGGAGCGACCCGAGUCCCAGCAGGAGAUUCUGAAGAGAGUAGCCAAGGACCUGCCCCUCUACACACGCACUGGGACAGGGGCUAUUCGAUAUUGUGACCGCUGUCAGGUGAUCAAACCAGACCGGUGUCAUCACUGCUCCGCCUGUGACAUGUGUGUGUUGAAGAUGGAUCACCAUUGUCCCUGGGUGAACAACUGUGUGGGCUUCUCCAAUUAUAAGUACUUCAUCCUGUUCCUGGCCUACUCUAUGGUGUACUGCGUGUUCAUCGCUGCCACCGUGCUGCAGUACUUCAUCAAGUUCUGGACACUUUGCCGGAGGAAAUCUGCAGAGAAUUGUCCGAAGAAUCAGCUGCCCGACACUCACGCCAAAUUCCAUGUCUUAUUUCUCUUUUUUGUGGCGGCCAUGUUCUUCAUCAGUAUUCUGUCACUCUUCAGCUACCACCUGUGGCUUGUGGGAAAGAACAGAUCCACCAUAGAGGCCUUCAGGGCACCGGUCUUUAGAAACGGUCCUGAUAAAAACGGCUUCUCUCUGGGGUUCAGUAAGAACAUUGCACAGGUGUUUGGGGACCAGAAGAAGUUCUGGCUGCUGCCUGUCUACACAAGCUUGGGUGAUGGACACACAUUCCCAACUAGGCUGGUGAAUAUUGAUCCAGAGCAGCCGACUGUGGAUCUGCAGCCCAGCAUUAAAAGCAGCACCAUAGAUGGACCAGCCAACCCCAGACCCCUGAGCGAGUCACAGAACCGUCUCCUUGGCAAUGACCAGCACUAUGCCGAAGACAACCCGGACAGAGAUGCCAUUAAGACAGAAGGAGACCAGACAGUCACAGUUACCAUGGAGAGUGAGUCAUAACGAGAGCAGGGGGAGCGAGGUGGUGGGUUAUCAGACUGUUCCUUUGAAUCACAAGGACUACCUGCACGUACUCAGCGGAGACCCCCCCCCCCAGCCCAGAAACGACAGAGCCAUCAAAUCUGAUGCCUUAAAAUUUCACACAAUGUCAUCUGUCACCAUGGACACCAUCCCUGUUACCAUUGAAACAACCUCCUCAGAACAGCAUUUGUGUCAUCUUGGACACCACCUCCUGGGUCAACAGUGCAGCGGUCAGCCUCCCUCAUUGUUUGUGCCAGCAGAAUGUUGGGUGUAUACACACACACACACACACACACACACACACAUAUGCACACACUCCCUAUCUUUAUAGCUUGCCAAAAAGACACACCAAUGAUUUUUAAAAAUGAUUAUUUAUCACAUACUCUCUCUGGGACUGUCUGUCUCUGCAUUGUUUUCAAGCCAAAAAAAAUGUUUCUGCACUAGGCCAAAUGAAUUGACUUUGCAAAACUUGAAAACAGUAUUUGCGUAGAAAUAUUAAUCAAAUGAUUGACUACACUACAGGAUUUGCAAAUGUAACUCAUCAAUCGAUUUGUCUUGAAGACUUACGCAAGAAUCCAGGAGCAGGAGCGGACUGGAUCUAUUCCUGGUCCUCAGGUGUGUCUUGGUGGAAAGGCCGACAUCUAAAGGAUUUGCUGCUUCUUGUCUGAGGCAGAAUCUUUUUUUUUUUUUUUUUUUCUUUUCUAU